UCUCUGUUCCUCACACACACACAGGAGGAGAGGAGGAGGAGGAGAAGAAAAAGAAGAGGAGGAAGAGAGGGGGAACGCGCAGAGAGAGAGAGAGAGAGACAGAGGAGAGAUGCCCGCUGCACGGAUGGAUUGUAUUUCCCCCGAGCUGUAGAGACACCAUGGGCUGCAUCGGAUCCCGGACCAUCACUGUGGAUGCUGUGCCGGUACAGAAAGAUGGGGAUCAGUAUGACCGUACCGAGUCUUCCUUGGAAGGAGUCAAUUCGUCCAUGGAGGACACCACUUCCAUCCUGCCCCGCCUCAAGAGGAAGCCCCCCCAGGCCUAUGGGAUCGGUGCCCUGGCUAAGUCCUCUCUGACAGGUGUGUCAGGCGUGUCUCGCUCCAUGAAGGACAAAGUGACCAAGCCCACCGCCAUGGCCCAGGGCCGCGUGGCCCACAUGAUCGAGUGGCAGAGUUGGGGCAAACCAACCGCGGGGCCGACGGGGAACGCCGGGCACAACAACCUGCUGCGGGAGAAGGAGCGCCGGCUGGAGAACGACGCCUACAGCGACCUGAGCGACGGGGAGAAGGAGGCUCGCUUCGCCGCAGGCAUCAUGCAGCAGUUCGCCAUCUCCGAGGCGACGCUGUUCGGCUGGACCUCGAUGGACGGGGAGAGCCUGGGCGCCGGCUCCAACCAGGGCAGCGUGGCUCACCUGAGCGAGGUGAACCAGGAGAGCAUCACCAGCAGAGACCAGGUGCUCCACCACUCCUCGGCGGACGUCUGGCCUCACACCUACGUCUCCCAGGGCCUGUACUGCCUGUCGUCCUCCGACGCCUGGGACCCAAUCACCAGCCAGCCCUCGGGCGUGGCGUCCCCCGCCGCCGGCUCCUACAUCAUGUCCAGCGGUGGCAGCGGAGCGGCGGGGACGCCCGGCGAGGGCUUCGAGGGGACGGUGGGCGGUUACCUGCAGCAGCAGCAGCACCACGCUCACCUGGCCCUGCAGCAGCAGAGCCAGCUCCAUCAGCUCCAACACCUCCACCAGUACCAGCAACAGCUGCUGCAGUACCAGCAGCAACAGCCUAUGGAGCACAGGCAACAUAGCGCCUCCCAUUCCCUCCAAGCCACUCCCAACAGCACCAUCCACAGCCUGGGCCCUCCCACCCACCCUCGGCUAGCUGACCUGUGGGGAGCUGCGCAGGUGGAGCCACAGCACGUGGAGGUGAACGGGCCGCCGGCUGACGUGGUCGGCGGAGCGGCGGAGACGCUCGGAGAGGAGCCGGAGUCCGACGGCAUCCCCGAGCGGCACGAAGAGGAAGAGGAGGAGGAGGAGCUGACGAAGGUGGACGAGGUGACGUUGACCCUGGAGCCGUGCUCUUUGACCCCGUCCCCGCUGAGGGAGGAGGUGCCCUCGACCGGAGGCUCGAGCCCGGGGCCGCCGGCACAGGCGGCCGCCAGGAAACCCUUCGAAGUCACGCCCUGCGUCGUCCAAUCGCUGGAAGAGUAAAGGACGAGGAGGCGGGGACUGAAAUAAAUACUCCAAUAAUCAAUCGAGCUACUCCCCCCCCCCCCCUCCGGAACCCAACUACACACCCACUUUGAGUCGGAGGAAAUGAGACUCUUUAAAAGACGAUAAACGUGGGAUGUAACGUACACAAACUAAAUGCCAAGAAGCCCCGCCCCCCCCCCCCCCCCCACCGAAGCCAGUCCAGGAAGUAAGGAAAGAAGAAAAAGGACAAGAGGGGGCCCGAAGGGGCCUUGUUUAACAUCAUUGCAAUACAACACACAAGGACUCCACAAGGUCAAACGGGGGUCAUGAACGUUACCGGGUCACAGAGCACUGAUUGGCUGAGUGAUGUAUUUUUUGCUUUGAUUGACAGCCGGUUGAGUCGCACUCUUUAUUUUGAAGCACUUGAACAGCAAAACAAAGUGCAUGCUUUUCAACAGCGAGCUCGCCCCCAACAGGAUAUAACACACUAUACAAACUCACAAUAUAUCAAAUAGCUUUUUAUAAUAAAAUGUUAUAAAAAAAUUAAUUAAAAAAGCCAAUAAACCCGACAUGUAUCUGUAUGAAAGUAAGACCAUGUGUGUGUGUGUAUGUGUGUGUGUGUGAGUGUAGCGUUUAUUUGUGUGUAAAAAUAUAUAUUUAUUCUGGGAAUCAG